AUGGACACCGCCGUCUCGCAAAACGCCACGGUUGCUGCUGCGCCGGCCGGUGCCGGCAGCGGCAGCGGCGGACUCGCGAGCCUGCUCCCUGAGGUGCAGACGGUGGAGCUGCUGGUGGCCGUGUCCAUCUUCGUGGCUAUCCACUCUCUUCGGCAGCGGCGCACGCAGGGCCUGCCGACGUGGCCGCUCGUCGGCAUGCUCCCGUCGCUGCUCCUGGGCCUCCGCGGCGACAUGUACGAGUGGAUCACCGGCGUGCUCAAGGCGCGCGGCGGCACGUUCACGUUCCGCGGGCCGUGGUUCACCAACCUCCAGUGCGUGGUCACCGCCGACCCGCGGAACCUGGAGCACCUCCUCAAGACCCGGUUCGGGAGCUUCCCCAAGGGCCCCUACUUCCGCGACACCGUCCGGGACCUCCUCGGCGACGGCAUCUUCGGCGCCGACGACGAGGUGUGGAGGCGGCAGCGCAAGGCGGCCAGCCUCGAGUUCCACUCGGCCGAGUUCCGCGCGCUCACGGCCAGCUCGCUCGUGGAGCUCGUGCACCGCCGGCUGCUCCCCGUGCUGGCCGACGCCGAGGCCAGCGGCGGCGGCGGCGCCGCCGUCGACCUCCAGGACGUGCUCCUCCGCCUCACGUUCGACAACGUCUGCAUGAUCGCCUUCGGCGUCGACCCGGGCUGCCUCCGCCCGGGCCUCCCGGAGAUCCCGUUCGCCCGGGCGUUCGAGGACGCCACCGAGGCCACCACCAUCCGCUUCAUCACGCCCACCGCGGUGUGGCGCGCCAUGCGCGCGCUCGGCGUCGGGCACGAGCGCGUGCUCCAGCGCUGCCUGGCCGGCGUCGACGAGUUCGCGUACGACGUGAUCCGCAGGCGCAAGGAGGAGCUCGCCGCCGAGGCCGCCGGGCGCGGCAGGUCGGACCUGCUCACCGUGUUCACCAAGAUGCGCGACGAGGACGGGCGGCCGUACACGGACAAGUUCCUCCGCGACAUCUGCGUCAACUUCAUCCUGGCCGGCCGCGACACCUCGUCGGUGGCGCUGGCGUGGUUCUUCUGGCUGCUCGGCAGGAACCCCGGCGUGGAGGCCAAGAUCGUGGAGGAGAUCGAGGGGAUCGUGGCGGCGCGGAAGGAGGCUGCGGCAGGCAGGGAGGUGGAGGAGGAGGAGCUGGUGUUCAGGCCCGAGGAGGUGAAGCGGAUGGAGUACCUCCACGCCGCGCUCUCCGAGGCGCUCCGCCUCUACCCGUCCGUCCCCGUCGACCACAAGGAGGUGGUGGAGGACGAGGUGUUCCCGGACGGGACGGUGCUGAAGAAGGGCACCAAGGUGAUCUACGCCAUGUACUCCAUGGGGAGGAUGGAGAGCAUCUGGGGCGACGACUGCCGGGAGUACAAGCCGGAGCGGUGGCUCCGGGACGGCCGCUUCAUGAGCGAGUCCGCCUACAAGUUCACCGCCUUCAACGGCGGCCCCCGUCUGUGCCUCGGCAAGGACUUCGCCUACUACCAGAUGAAGUUCGCCGCGUCCUCCAUCCUCCACCGCUACCGCGUCCAUGUCGUCGACGGCCACCCCGUCGCGCCCAAGCUGGCGCUCACCAUGUACAUGAAGCACGGGCUCAAGGUGACGCUGACCAAGAGAGACAAGACCAAGCUCUGAGCGUUUGUGGUGCCUUUGCCGAGCCUGCUGCUGAUAAUGAGGCUCAGACUGAAGAAAUACAUGAAAGCAGCAGGACUCUUCUUCGUUGUGCCACUGUGUGAGUGGAAUGAAGUUGGUGCUGAUGUGGAACAAGAUUUCUGUGUUUUUCGUUUUGUCUCUUUUCCUUUGUAGUUUAUAUAUAUACUGUUAUUAUGUACUUCGUUUGUUCCGAUUACAUGUAGUAUAGAACUUCUGCAUAUGUAUAAAUUUAUAUGUAUAUGUGUGAUGGCAAAA